CCUGUCCCCAGAGCGCUGGCAGAUGUCACAUGGGCGGCAGACGAGCGGGGUGCACGUAGCUAGACUGGAACAACAACCCGCCUGGAUGGAGCAGCGGGAGGCUGGUCGGGCUCUUGCGCGGAGGCAGGACGCCGCGGCUCCCAGCUCCGAGCGCAGAUGAGAGCUCGCGAGGGAGGACCACCCCAGCCCAGCCGCCCCGAGCUCGCUCGCGGGGCCCCGGCUGCCGGGGCUGGUUGCUAGGGGCAACCGGGAGAGACGGACCCCCCGCACGUGCGGAGCCCCCCCCCCCCGGCUCUCCGAGCAAAAACUCUCUGUCCUGAAGUGGCACAGCGGCCAGGCGCGGCGAAGCGGCUCCUCCUUCCGUUCAGGGCGAAGACGCGCACCAUCCCCAGCGCAGCAGGCUUCGGGAGGGACUCGCUCCGCAGACAGAAAUUGGGAACAAGCGCCUGAAUGGAGAGGGGGAUUCAACCCAUCCGACUUCUCUGCUCUCUGAAGGGGAACUGGAGGGAUACAACGGUGCCGCCGGCUCAUGAUUAAUAAACUGAUUUUAAGUUGAUCAGGGAAGGAAAAAAAAAACACCAGGCAAGAGGCUUUUCAAAGUUCGAGGACGAAAAGCAUGGCAGCAGCUAGGAGGGACAGUCGGGCUGCGGGGGAAGGCACUGAGCUCCCCCCGGCGGAGACGAGGAGCUCCGAACCCGGCUCAGGACAGACGGAGGUGCAGCAGUGCUCAGAGCUGCCACGGGACAGUGGGAAAGCACAGCCGUCUUCAUCCGGGACCGAAAGGCUCUUCGGCUCACUGUGGAAGAGCAGGGGGCUGGGCAAAGUGAUGAGUGGCAGGAAGAAGAGGGACAAUCCCGUGGGGGCCGGGGAGGCAGGCGGAGGGGACCUGGACCGCGAGCAGGAGGCGGGAAGGCCUGCAGCUCAGUGCCAGCGCGCAGCAGUGGAGGAGUGCCUGCUGUCCCUAGGCCCUGCAGCACCAGGUCCCAGCGAGUUUGACAGCUCGAUUCAAGAGGCAGAGGAUAAGCACACCAAGAGGCAAGAGGCAGAGGAGGCUUCUGUGGAGCCCAAGCCCUUGAGCCCAGAGGAAGAUGCCAAGCCGAAGAAGAUGGAGAGAUCCGGUGUCCGAGAUUUCAUCCGGAGACCCGUCUCCAAAAUGUUAUCGCACAAAAGCACAGACAAGAGGGAUCAAGCAGUUGCCAAGGAUGGUGGUGCUGGAGCCCAGGAAGAUUCUGACAAGACGCGGUCAAGGUCUCUAGACCGGCUGGUGGACUCGGAAGUCUCUGCUGCCUGCACAGACCGGGCCGCUGGACCACACGCAGAAGGGGAAACGCCCAAGGCAGUUCCACACGGAACUGGGCACAUGAGACGAUGGCACUCCUUCAAGAAGCUGAUGGUUCCGAAAACUCUCAAAAGGGCCACAGACAGUGGAGCAGAGCAGGACCCUGAUGCAAAAACCUCGGAUGUAUCAGAAACACAAGACAGGUCAGACCUUGCAGUGCAGAAGAGACGGAGGAUGAAGAGAUCAUGGACAUUCCAAGGGCUCAAGAAAGAUCAGUCUUUCUUCAGCAGCCACAACCAAAAUGUGCUCAGCAAAGACGCAGCAGAAGGUCAUACAGAGGCCCGUCAAAGCGAACCGGCAACAUCUGGUGACCCCAGGGCUUUAAAAACUAUGGGGGAAGAAAUAUGCCCUGAGGAAAAUGAUCCGGACCAAGCGGAAGAGAAGGGGACAGGCACACACAGCCACACGAAAUCAAUAGACCAGCAAGCCCAUGAAGCCUGGGUAUCAUUUAAAAAACUAGUGAUCCUGAAAUCAAAGAGAGCCCCAGAUGCCACAAAUGAGGAAGGAGAUGCAGUGACUCCUGCAACAGAUGAGCGGGUUGGGCAAGAUCUGAACAGGUCAGAAAGGCAGCCUUCAAAAAGGGCCGCUGCCUCUAGAGCUGCUUCCUUGAAAAAAUUCAUACUCCGCAAAGGGAAGAGCAAAAGCAUGGAUCUAGGGGACACUCCGGGGAGUCCGAAAGGAGAACAGGACAAGAGCAUCAGCUUCACACCUGCAGAAGCUAUAGAUGAGCAAGGAAUGCAAAACCGAAGCACCACAAGCAAAGCCAGCUCUCUAAGUCUAAGUUACGUGGACAUGAAACCUACCCACUGCAGUACUGAUCAGGAAGAGGAUGUAGAAUCGGCACCACGUGGAAGCACGUCUGAAAAUCCAGUCUCCACAGACAGGGAAGAUAGCCUUGGAGAGGUUGUGACCAAGAAGACAGCUGCUGAUGCAGAAGACACCACUCAAGAGCAUGCACAGGACUAUACAGACAGGUCACACACUCAAGACCCAAAACUAAAAUCCAACACCACAGAACCAACCUUACACAGUGGAUCUAAGGAGUCAAUGAGAACAAACAAUUCUGAAAGCAAAACCCCAGCAAGCCUUAAAGUGUUAAAACUGGCUUCAGCUCAGAACAGCUCAGAAAAGGAAGCUUGUGAAAGUCUGCAAGACACAUUACCAGAUGGCUCACAGGAAAGUGAGAGGGGGGGCAUGGCAACUGAGACGACAGAAGUGAGAAGUUCUCAUCAGGCAGGUAAAAGAACCGAAGAAAAGGCCGACGAUUUUUCUGUGGCCGACACAGACGAUGCGACACUCGACCGGGCACUGGACACUGAGGGUGGACUCGACGAUCUGGAAUCUCUGGAAAGAGCUAAAACUGUUCCCCGAGGACCGCAUCAAGCACAAGGAGAAUCUGAGGAUAGCAAAACAUUUUCACGUACUGCUGCCAGCUCGAACGAGGGCCUUUGCUCAGAUGACACCACAGCAAAGACACAAAUGAAGCUGGGAGGCCAAGUCCCUUCUCCUGCUUGCCCAGCUGUCCAAACCAGCAGUCCAGAAGCAGAACAAACGACACCUGCGGAGGAGGGGGACUCUGUAAAAACCACAGAAGAGGAGCAGACAGCUGGAGGGGCCUGCUGUUCUUCAGAGAGCCCUCAACCAGCCCGCUCUGUGCUUGAGGAGCCACAGAUCACAGAGGGUCUAAAUGACCAGAAGCUGUCAGGCGACCAAGAUACCGGCUCCUGUGACACACUGCAGCACGGGGGUGAGGUCAACCGCAAUGGAAAUCCACUUCCUGGCCUCCGAGUGACCCAGCCUGACGUCACUGACCCGCAGGAGGAGCAGAAAAGGAUGUUUUACGAAGCAGCAGCUGCCAUCGUCCAGACCGUGGUGAGUGCGGCCACCGAGCAGAUCGUCAAGGAGCAGGACCUUCUGGACAAUGGGCUUAAAGGCCCCUCCCCCAGCAAUAAUGACAGCUGCAGCUACCAGGAUCUGGAUCAGCAGCACUGCAGCUAAGCAGAACUGCUCCCAAACCCUUCUGUCUCCUAAUCCUUACGUUUAGGAGAAAGACAACUCAAAAUCUUCAGAAAACUAGGUGGACGUUCGUGUUUUUUUGAGUGAUGUGUGUAAAGUGUAUUAGUUGACAAUAUGAGUAAUUAUUAGUACUACUACAACAGGAGCAGCACAAGUAAUAAUAGGUUUAUCACUAUACUACAUCUGCUCCUACUGUACUGUCAUUAAUGGUCAUUAUUGUAAUGCUUUACUUUAAACCAUCCUAAAUAAUCCUUUUCAGAUUUUAUUUUGGAAGACAUUUUAUUUUUUAAUAAUAAAUGAAAAAAAUAGGAUCUGGUCAAUGAAGUAGGCAUUAAAUGCAAUUGGUUGUCCGUACAGUCAGAAGAGAAGCCGUUUGCAUUUUCAGAAACAAUAAGGAAUACAGUAAUAUGCAUUGAGUUUCUCUUAAUGAUAUUAUGCAAUACUGAAAGUAAAUACAUCUUCACAAGCAAUAAUGAGAAUCGGUAUCCAAGUCUUGAACCGGAAAAAGCAAAGAAAAGCAUUACUUAGUAUUAACCUUGUUCAUUAAUAUCAAAGACGACGCAAAUUGUUUCUAAUUAUUUAAGAUAAAAGACUUCAUAGUCAUCACUCCUACUGUACAUCGCAAGUCUUUACAUGGUUAAGACGAGGAGCAUCUAUGACUCAACCUGCCUCACAAGGCAUUUCUGGUGCAGCAAUAUGAAAAUUCACAUCAACUGUGCAUUUGUGUCCAAAAAAAUAAAUCAUUUCAAAAACAAAA